UGUCAUUACUUUUGUACAAUUUUGUUCGAGUAGAUUUAUUUUCAUUGCUAUCGUACAAUCAUUUGCAAGCGAAAGAAUUUUUCCACAAAAAUAACAACUUGUUUUAAUCUGUAAAUAUUUCAAUUUUGUGCUUAAAUCGAUAAGCGCGUGAGUGCACGCAACCCCUACAUUGAAUUCUAACAACACAAUCUUUGUGCGCCCAGCGCUUGUUGAACGCAGUGAUGUCACGCAAUUUAAACAAUCCACCCGGUGGUCAUCGUGAUUAUGGCGCUACCUCGAGCAGCGCCAAUGCAAUAAUGCCCGACGUUAGCUUCUCCGGUUUCAGUCCCACAGAGUUUAUGUCCUUGAGUGAGGAUAUUGGUCAAAAUAUCAGUUCUGUAAAUUCAAGCUGCAGACAAUUGGAAAAAAUACUUAAAGUAAUUGGUACACGAAGAGAGCAACAAGCGACACGGAACAAAGUGCAUAAUAUACAUGCCGAGGCAAACACACGUAUUGAGACUAUCAGUCGAGACUUGCAACGUCUCACAGCGGUGGUUAGGCGUGGUGAUAAGCAACAAAAGCUACAAUUAGAAAAGUUGACCAAUGACUUCCGAAAUGUUGUGGAGAAAUAUUCAUCUGUGCAGAAGCGUAUUACCGCGGCUAUGCGUCAAAGUCUGGAACAGUUGGGUCAGCAACAGGAUGAACAGGCUGAAGCCGAACGUGCUGAAUUUAUGCAACAACAAGCACAAAUAACAGCAGGUUUACAAUUCGAACAGGAUUUACUUGUAGAUCGCGAUCGUCAGCUGCGUCAGAUUGAGGCUGACGUGCUAGAUGUCAACGCGAUAAUGCGCCGUGUGUAUGAUCUCGUGCAAACACAAGGCGAACAAGUGGACACCAUUGAAACUAGUGUUGAAAAUGCCGCCACUGAUGUCGAAUUAGGACGUGAGGAACUGGCUAAGGCCUCACAGUAUCGUCGUAGUUAUCGUCGCAAAAUUCUAAUACUUUUAGCUAUUGCUGUGAUAAUAGGAUUAAUUGUGACGGGCAUUAUUGUAGCGAAGCUAACUAGUUAAUUUGUUAUAUUUGUAUUUAUGUAUGUACGCGUUUAUAUGUUUUGAGAAUUACAACUAAAUAUUUAGAAUGUUAUUAUGGUAUGUGGUCUCAGGAGACUGCUAUUUGGCGAACAAAAUGGGCCAACACGCACACAAAUUAAAACGAUUGGUAUGUUUCUUCAAGAAGCGUAUGGUCGUGUAAUAUUUUAUAUUAAUAUAAAUAUGUAUGUAUUAGUAGAGUUGAUGAAAACCUAUAAAGUUUUGAAAUCGGAAAUCGAAUGCUACAAACAAAUGGAAUACAUUAAUAUAUAAUUAACCAAUAAAGAUAACACAUAAUCGCUUAAAA